GGUCAGGAGGGUGCUUGUUGCGGUGUCUCCUCCAUAUCGUCCUACACCGGUCCGUGCUGCAGCAUCUAACGCCCUUUUCUGACUUAUAACUAUACAGAAAGCCCCAACAACAGUUAUACUCGCACCUGCUGCCACACUGUUACUACCAUGUUCCUGGAUCAUUAAUGGAGACUGUAUGAUUCUGAAGAGAUACAGGUGGCUGUACAAUACAAGACAAGACAGUUGUGCAAUGCAAAACAAUUGAAAAUGGCAGUACCUCCAGCAUAUGCAGACCUUGGAAAAUCAGCAAGGGACAUCUUCAAUAAGGGAUAUGGUUUUGGACUGGUCAAGCUGGAUGUGAAGACAAAGUCUUCAAGUGGAGUGGAGUUUAAAACAUCUGGCUCAUCUAAUGUUGACACCAGCAAGGUCACUGGAACCCUGGAGACCAAGUACAAGUGGUCUGAGUAUGGCCUGACGUUCACAGAGAAGUGGACAACAGAAAACACACUAGGAACAGAAAUUUGCAUCGAGGAUCAGAUCACCAAGGGGCUGAAACUUACCUUUGACACUACGUUUUCACCAAAUACUGGCAAGAAGAGCGGCAAGGUCAAGACAGCUUAUAAAAGGGAGUACCUUAACGUCGGUGUUGAUGUAGAUUUAGAUUUCGCUGGUCCUACGAUCCAUGGAGCAGCAGUGGCUGGUUAUGAGGGCUGGCUGGCCGGCUACCAGAUGACUUUUGACUCAGCCAAAUCUAAGAUGUCACAGAGCAACUUUGCUGUUGGCUACAAGACUGGAGACUUCCAGCUUCACACCAAUGUAAAUGAUGGUGCAGAGUUUGGUGGCUCUAUCUACCAAAAGGUAAACGACAACCUGGAGACCGCUGUGAAUCUCGCCUGGACAGCAGGCAACAAUAGCACUCGCUUUGGAAUUGCUGCUAAAUACCAGUUAGACUCCAGUGCCUCCAUAUCAGCAAAGGUCAAUAACGCAAGCUUGGUGGGAAUUGGAUACACCCAAACUCUGCGGCCUGGUAUGAAACUAAUCCUCUCUGCACUUGUGGAUGGAAAGAACAUCAAUGCUGGCGGUCACAAACUUGGUCUGGGCUUGGAGCUGGAGGCAUGAGGAUCUGCCCUCCGAUUUUGUUAGAGAAGGAGGAACAUUAGAAGAAUCUGACCCAGAGUGCUCAUGUCUGGCCAGGAACAUAACUUUAAAGAUGAUGAAAAAGCCAAAAAAUUGAUUCCCAUCUUCUGAGCAGUGCUAGGAUGUAAACCUUUCCACCAGCCUCUUGGUUGCAGUUCUAAAAAUCUGAUGAUGUAUCAACCUUCUAUUUAUGAGCCAGUCACCUCUUCUGUCAGUUUAUCCCAAUAGUGAUAGAAAACCCUCCUCUGGGUGCAUUUUAUCUGGGGAUUGUUUAAGAAAACUGAGGCUUAUUACUUUGCUGAAGUGUGAUAUUGUAGAAUGUAAAACUGAGCUGUUAUUUUGCACAAUAGAACAUACACUUAUUUAAGCGCUUUAUCCUUUAUUUGCACAUUUUAUGUAUAUUUGGUAGUUACUUUACCAUAAUAUGUAAAUCAAGACUGAAGCCGAUGUAUUGGCUUAUCUUCCCCUAUCUUUCCAUAGAGGCUUAAUUAUGCUUUGUGAAGACUUUGAGACCUCAGCUCCCGUAAAUACCUGCUUUGAAGUUGCGAGACAACACUAAAUGGAUUCUCUUUUCCUCAGUGUGACUUGAGUGAAAGAACAUCUGAGUAAAUUAUCUAUUUUGUUCCCAUUUUUGAGGACUGUGACACUAAUUAGGAAGGGGUUUGUGUGUUGGAGAGUGUCUAACUUUGCAAUAAAGUCCUUAAAUCUA